UUUCAACCGUGAACCGGGACCGAGUGUGUAGAUGAAGUUGUUGCGCAAAUUUUGCCCAAAAGUUAACUGAAAGGGUCAUCUACCUACGCCCCAAAAUGAUAUUUUUCGUCGACAAUUACUCCACUAUGGACGAGGACGAUGAGCUGUAUCUGAGCUAUGACUGGUCAUCGGACGCGAUGUCGAUCAAAAGCGCAGGAAGUGAUUCAAGCCGAUCCGAGGAUUGUGAUCAGAAUGGAGAACGACUCUCGCUGGCGUAUGAACGUUUGUCCCAGAUCCCGCGCAAAAUCGCAGAGAAAUUCUCCCGCACAACUACUAUUUUGGAUUUGAGCUACAACGAAAUCAAAGACCUAUCCUUUCUGACGCACUUCCGACAGUUGAACACGCUCAUAUUGGACAAGAACGUACAGCCGGACGAGCGGACGUUGCCCACACUUCCCAACCUGGAGCUGCUAUGGCUCAACCACUGUGAUAUCAAUAACCUGCAGAACUGGAUCUACCGCAUCCGAGAAUGCUGUCCAUCGCUAAAGUACCUAUCGCUGAUGGGUAACCCGGGUGCGACCUCCUCCUUCAACGGUAACUCUACCCUCGAACACAACGACUACCGGCUGUUCGUGAUCAGUAUUUUGCCACAGUUGCGCCAUCUGGACGAUAGCGAAGUAACGGCAGCACAGCGCACACAGGCCAAAACCUUCAAACAGACUUACAACCUCAACCAAGGACCGUACAACAUCUUCGAGACUGUGGGACGCCGUCAACAGCCAGUACUGCUCCCAGCUGCACCAGUCCCUCCAACGGAAAACGUUCCCCCCUCUCCUGCGACGGUGACAACAACCGCAACAACGACGAUGACUAGACCUGCACCAAAGCUGGCCACCACACAGAAGAAAAAUCGGAAGCGUCGGAAUGGUGGCACACAAUCGGAAAAUUCCUAA